GGGUCGGGACGGUAACUCCGCCUCUGGAGUGAUUAAGGACUGGAGCGUAGAGCACGAGUUGAGGCACGCGGAUGGACCCGGGAGUCCACCAAGGAGUGGCAUGGAGGCGUUUUGGGGGAGCAUCAACGCUGAGCAGGGCUGGCUCGUCUCUUCCCAGCCAUCUGAAGAGGUGGCGGCGGCCGAAGAGUUGAGCCCGUUGCUAAGCAACGAACUUCACAGACAGGUAUUCCCAGGGGUUUCCUUUGGUUUCUCAGUCUUUAAUUUGAUGAAUGCCAUCAUGGGAAGUGGCAUCCUUGGCUUAGCUUAUGUUAUGGCUAAUACAGGUAUCCUUGGAUUUAGUUUAUUGCUGCUGAUGGUUGCUCUCCUGGGUUCUUACUCAGUUCAUCUCCUGCUUAGUAUGUGUAUUCAGACAGCUGUAACAUCUUAUGAAGAUCUUGGACUUUUUGCAUUUGGAUUACCCGGAAAGGUGGUGGUGGCAGGCACCAUAAUAAUUCAGAAUAUUGGAGCUAUGUCAUCUUAUCUUUUAAUUAUUAAAACAGAGCUUCCUGCUGCUAUUUCAGAAUUUUUGACCGGAGACUAUAGUGGGUCGUGGUAUCUGGAUGGACAAACACUACUAAUAAUUAUUUGUGUUGGCAUAGUGUUCCCUCUUGCUCUUCUUCCCAAAAUAGGCUUUCUUGGCUACACAAGUAGUUUAUCAUUUUUCUUUAUGGUGUUCUUUGCUCUUGUGAUAAUAAUAAAAAAAUGGGCCAUCCCUUGUCCUCUGACAUUAAAUCAUACAGAGGAAUUCUUCCAGAUUUCAAAUGCUACAGAUGAUUGUAAACCAAAGCUCUUUCAUUUCUCCAAAGAGAGUGCUUACGCUAUACCAACCAUGGCUUUUUCAUUUCUCUGCCAUACCUCAGUAUUGCCAAUAUACUGUGAACUUCAAAGCCCAUCAAAGAAAAGAAUGCAGAAUGUAACCAAUACAGCAAUUGCUUUAAGUUUUCUCAUUUACUUUAUAUCUGCCCUCUUUGGUUACCUCACUUUUUAUGACAAAGUGGAGUCAGAAUUACUACGAGGUUAUAGUAAAUACUUGCCACAUGAUGUUAUUGUCAUGACUGUGAAGUUAUGCAUACUAUUUGCUGUGCUUUUGACAGUCCCUCUAAUCCACUUCCCUGCCAGAAAAGCUUUAAUGAUGAUGUUUUUCUCCAAUUUUCCAUUCUCAUGGAUUCGCCAUUCUUUGAUUACUCUAGUACUCAAUAUCAUCAUUCUUUUACUUGCAAUAUAUGUUCCUGACAUUAGAAAUGUUUUUGGUGUAGUUGGGGCCAGUACAUCAACAUGUUUGAUUUUUGUAUUCCCAGGACUAUUUUAUCUUAAACUUAGUAGAGAGGAUUUUCUUUCAUGGAAAAAGCUUGGGGCUUUUGUUUUGCUCAUCUCUGGAAUUUUGCUUGGGAAUUUUAGUUUAGCAUUCAUCGUGUUUGAUUGGAUUAAAAAAUGAAAGGAUAUUUUCCUACUUAUGAAGAAUAAUUUACCUACAUAAGCAAGAAGGAAUAAUUCUGGAAGCCACUUCGAUGAAAAAAUACAUUUUUAUGAAAAUCAUUGACAGAAUAAAACAGAACAUAAUGGCAGUGUGUAGGAGAAAGUAGAAAUAUAGCAGUUUAAUUAAAAUAAGAAACAAACUCAAAAUGCUCUUAAGUAUUUUGAGUCAAUGUUUCAUUUACGGGGACUUUUUAAAAAUCAGUGGACUUUUUUUUUAGAGUAGUUUUGUGUCUUCAGAAUCAUUGAGCAGUUUCUCCUAUUAUUAACCCAGGUAUUAGUUACACUUAAUGAGACCAUUUUGAAACAUUAUUAACUAAAGCCAGUUGUUUACCUUCGGGUUCAUUCUUGCAGCCACUAGCAACCACUGUUUGUAUUGUCUUUUUACUGUCUCCAUAGUUGGUUUUUUGUUUUUUUUUUUCCCCAGAAUACCAUCUGGUUGGGAUCAUAUAGUAGUAUGUGUCCUUUCAGACUGGUUUCUUUCGGCUUAACUAUAUACAAUGAUGUUUAUUCCAUGUCUCUUAUGACUUGAUAGUUCAUCUCUUUUUUAAUAAUAUUCUGAAUAAUAUCCCAUUGUAUAUAUGUACCACAGUUUGUUUGUUUCUUCACUUAUUGAAAGACCUUUUUAUUGCUUCCAAGUUUUGGCAAUUGUGAAUAAAGCUGCUGUAAAUCUUUGUGGUA